AGGACAGUUGCAGUGACGGGUUGGCGCCGCGCGUUUGCUGGUUCGCAGGCGCAUCGCAUCGCAUCGCACCGCCCCAGGGUCUGCUUGCAUGUCCAUCGGCGGCUUUUAGCUGCGCCUGAACUUCGUCCACGCUGGCCCCUUCUGAGCAGAAGAAACACUAUACCGCGCACUGCGAAGCAUUCCCCACACUCUACCACCCGUCCCACGUUCGCGCCAUUGCUGCUGUCGCGCCCGCCCGCGCGCUUUUCGAAACGUUGGCCAAGCUUUGGAGGCUGUGCUGUGCUGGGAGCCGGGGGAGCGUCUUACGCUUUUCUCCGCCAUCAUCGAACCCCCGAACGCGCAACGAGACAGCCGGGACGAGCGGGUGCACUGUAUUGCGUUGCAACUUGCAAGCACCUUGAAUGCAGCAGACAGCGAAGCCCUCACGAGUGGAGCAAGCGCCUUGAACCCGUUGUGCCGCCAUGGCCGGCAGGCCGCCAGGUGCACCGCCGUCUCACAACGAGAACCUAAUCGACUUCGACGACCACGACGAACACCAGCCGUAUCAAUACAACCCGGGCGCGCCGCCGCCCCAUAACGACGAAGAGCUCCUCCGCCGAUACAACGCAGACCAAGCCACAACCCCAGGACGGCCCUCCGAAUCAUACGAUGAGUUUCUGGGUGGCAGACCCGCUGCGCCAGGCUUGCCUGGCGGGCCUGGUGCGCCCGCGGCAGGUGCGACGCCGUACUCGAACAGCGGGGGCAUGUACUCGCAGACGUCGGAUCUGAACAACUACGCGCGCUACUCGGAUGCAGACGUGCACAUCGACGAGGACCAGUCCGUGCAGGGCUACUAUGCAGCAGGCGGAGGCUACGAGCCUCCCGCGGGCAUGCGCCGCGCCAACACCGGCAAGGCAAAUAGGAACAGCAUUCUCAGUCUCGGCGGCGGACUCACAGGGCGCGUCAAGAACAUGUUUGGGCAGAGACCAGAGUACUCGGAGAUGGACCUGCCCUUGACGGAGCACGCGGCACAGCAGGGCCAACAAGAAUCAAGAGGCGCCUACGACGACGAGGCAAAGGCGCCCAAGAAGCGCAGCUCCGGAGUGUUCAAGUUUGGUUUUGGACGCGGCGCUCCAGACCCGUCGACCCUCGGCCCCAGAGUAAUCCAUCUGAAUAACCCGCCUGCAAAUGCCGCCAACAAGUACGUCGACAAUCACGUCUCAACCACAAAGUACAACAUCGUUACGUUCCUCCCGAAAUUCCUAUACGAGCAAUUCUCCAAAUACGCCAACUUGUUCUUCUUAUUCACUGCUAUUCUCCAACAGAUUCCGGGUAUCUCUCCCACGAAACGCUACACCACCAUCGUACCCCUCGGAGUUGUCCUGCUUGUCUCCGCAGUAAAAGAAUAUGUCGAGGACUACAGACGAAGACAGUCCGACUCUACGCUCAACAACUCAAAGGCGCAGGUGCUCAAAGGAUCGUCUUUCCAAGACGCCCGAUGGAUCGAGGUUGCAGUCGGAGACAUUGUGCGAGUAGAGUCAGAAACUCCUUUUCCCGCCGAUCUCGUAUUGCUCGCAUCCUCGGAACCGGAAGGUCUGUGCUACAUCGAAACGGCAAAUUUGGACGGAGAGACGAACCUAAAGAUUAAGCAAGCCAUUCCAGAGACAGCCGAUCUCGUCAGCACAGCGGAGCUGGGGCGUCUGGGCGGCAAACUCAAAUCGGAACAGCCAAACAGUAGUUUGUACACAUACGAGGCGACCUUGACCAUUGCAGCCGGUGGGGGAGAGAAGGAAUUGCCAUUGGCACCCGAUCAGUUGUUGUUGCGUGGAGCCACUCUUAGGAAUACACCCUGGAUCCACGGUGUGGUGGUCUUCACUGGGCACGAGACGAAGCUCAUGCGGAAUGCAACAGCUACACCCAUCAAGACCACAGCGGUUGAGAGGAUGGUGAACAAGCAAAUUCUUAUGCUUGUCGCCAUUCUCAUCGGACUCAGCAUCAUCAGUUCCGUUGGUGACGUCUUGAUCAGAACGACCAAGGGAGGCACCCUUGAGUAUCUCAGAUACGAUAGCUUCAACGGCGCUUCCCAGUUCUUCCUUGACCUACUAACCUACUGGGUUCUUUACUCUAACUUGGUUCCUAUCUCGCUAUUCGUCACAAUCGAGAUCGUCAAAUACUGGACUGGUAUCCUGAUUGAUUCCGACCUCGACAUUUACUACGAGCCCACGGACACACCUGCCAACUGUCGUACUUCGUCCUUGGUGGAAGAGUUGGGACAGAUUGAAUAUAUAUUUUCCGACAAGACCGGCACGCUAACACAGAACAUGAUGGUAUUCAAGCAGUCAUCUAUUGCGGGGAUCCAGUACUCGGAUGAGAUACCUGAAGACCGAAGGGCAACAUUCGAGGACGGAGUCGAAGUUGGUAUUCAUGACUUCAAGAAACUUGAGGAAAACCGCAAAACCCACAGGGACAGAGACAUCAUUGAUAACUUUCUCACGUUGUUGUCAACAUGUCACACGGUCAUUCCCGAACGAGGUGGCGAAAAGCAAGAGAUCAAGUAUCAAGCUGCUUCACCUGACGAGGGCGCCUUGGUCGAAGGCGCUGUACAGCUCGGCUAUACGUUCAUUGCACGCAAACCUCGCUCGGUUACUAUCUUGGUGGAUGGACAAGAGCGAGAGUAUGAGCUCUUGGCGGUUUUGGAGUUCAAUUCCACACGAAAAAGAAUGUCGACAAUAUUCCGCACUCCGCAAGGAAAGAUUGCGUGCUUCACAAAGGGCGCUGAUACUGUCAUUCUGGAGCGACUAGGGAAGAACAAUCCAUAUGUAGAGGUGACUUUGACUCAUCUUGAGGAAUACGCUGCGGAAGGACUACGUACGCUCUGCUUAGCGAUGCGCGAGAUUCCAGAGAAUGAAUUCCAGGACUGGUACAAGAUCUUCACGAAAGCGCAGACCACUGUUAGCGGCAAUCGAGCGGAUGAGCUAGACAAGGCGGCCGAACUCAUUGAGCACGAUCUGACCCUUCUUGGAGCAACUGCCAUCGAAGACAAACUUCAGGAUGGCGUUCCGGAUACCAUUGCGACUCUGCAAACUGCGGGUAUCAAGAUUUGGGUCCUGACGGGCGAUCGACAAGAAACUGCUAUCAACAUCGGAAUGAGUUGCAAGCUGAUCAGUGAGGAUAUGAGUUUGCUGAUAAUCAAUGAGGAGAACAAGGAAGCCACAAAGGACAAUAUCCACAAGAAGUUGAACGCUAUCAAUAGCCAAAACCAAGGUGGUGCUGAAAUGGACGUUCUCGCUCUUGUCAUCGACGGCAAGUCGCUAACCUACGCUUUGGAAAAAGAUCUGGAGAAAACGUUUUUGGAUUUGGCUGUCAAAUGCAAAGCCGUCAUUUGCUGUCGUGUAUCCCCGCUUCAGAAGGCCUUGGUUGUCAAACUCGUCAAGCGACAUCUAAAGGCCAUCUUGCUCGCCAUUGGGGAUGGGGCCAACGACGUGUCCAUGAUCCAGGCAGCUCACAUUGGAGUCGGUAUCAGCGGUGUCGAAGGUCUCCAGGCCGCGCGAAGUGCCGAUAUUUCUAUUGGCCAAUUCCGGUACCUCCGCAAGCUCCUUCUAGUCCAUGGAGCUUGGAGCUACCAGCGUGUCAGCAAGGUCAUUCUCUACUCCUUCUACAAGAAUAUCGCGCUAUUCAUGACCCAAUUCUGGUACUCUUUCCAGAAUGCCUUCUCCGGACAAAUUAUCUACGAGUCGUGGACACUGACAUUUUACAACGUGUUCUUCACGGCUGCACCUCCCUUCGUCAUGGGUAUUUUUGAUCAAUUUGUCAGUGCACGUCUGCUGGAUCGCUACCCACAACUAUACCGACUCAGUCAGAGCGGGGUGUUCUUCAAGAUGCACUCUUUUUGGUCAUGGGUCGCAAACGGCUUCUACCAUUCCUUGGUCCUAUACUUUGUCUCGCAGGCCAUCGUGCUAUGGGACUGGCCUCAGCCAGAUGGUUUGAAUGCAGGCCACUGGGUGUGGGGUACUGCACUCUACACAGCUGCACUAGCGACUGUACUGUUGAAAGCGGCACUCAUCACUAAUAUCUGGACCAAGUAUGCUUUCGUUGCUAUUCCGGGCUCGAUGGCCCUCUGGUUCAUCCUCAUGCCCGCCUACGCGACUGUCGCCCCUAUGAUCAACGUGUCGCCCGAAUAUAUUGGCGUCAUCCAGCGCUUAUUCCCAGACCCUCGCUUCUGGGUAAUGCUCUGCGUGCUGCCUCCGCUCUGUCUGAUUCGAGAUUUCGCCUGGAAGUACGCAAAGAGAAUGUACUUCCCUCAGAGCUACCACCAUGUACAAGAGAUUCAGAAGUACAAUAUUCAAGACUAUAGACCGCGCAUGGAACAAUUCCAAAAAGCCAUCCGCAAAGUGCGACAAGUGCAGCGCAUGCGCAAGCAGCGUGGCUACGCCUUUUCCCAAACUGAUGAAUCGCAAGCACGCGUACUGCAGGCAUACGACACGACGCGCGAACGAGACCGCUACGGCCACAUGGCGAGUUCGAGACGAUAACCAUGAGAAUUUGCUUUUUAAGUGCAUUUUGCAUUCUACACUCUUGGUGUACAUUUCUGUGGCGUUGAUCGAAUGGGUUGGGACUAGGGAUGGAACUUCGAUUACAAUGUAUUUGUGCAAGGAUGAGCGUUCUUAACGGCGCUGGGGUGAGUUUGAUAUAGCUAGUGUGUAUUGCUUCGUAAGAUGGAAGAAAUCAAAAGGCCUGGGUGUACUUCAGGAAUAGUGUUGUGUGUGUGUGGACGUGAGUGACUGUGCGUAUAUCGGGCUGCAUCGACGAACCCAGGACGAAAAACUGAAUACGCGCAGCCUGUACAACAUACUUGGAC